CCUUUAACUCUUCGCGCGACGGCUCGCCAUGAGGAGGGGGCAGCCGGUGCGGAAGCGGAAGGUUCUGGAGACGAUGGGGGGUAAAUAAGCCGCGCGGGGCGGUUCGCGCGUGUCCCGAUGGGCUGCGGGGGAAGCCGCGCGAGCGCCAUCGAGCCCCGUUGCCAUGGCAGCUGGACCAGGGAGACGGAGACGACGUGGCUUCCCAACACGGACGUGGAGGCCCCGCAGGGGGGCAUCGCGAGCCCGGAGGGGGACGCCGGAGACGGGGACAGCGCCGCAGGUACGGCGGAGGGGGGGAGGCUGCUGAGCUCCAGCGCCCCCCACCGGCCGAAGCAGAUGGUAAACGCCUGUACUCAGUGCGGGAAGGAGCGGCGCGGCUCCGCCUCCGGAAGCAGGACGUCUCUCCGUGAACAGGGGGAUCAGGUAUCCACGGAGACCACCUCCAAGGAGGGGGCAGGGAGCCUCGUGACCGCAGCCCCCUAGGAGACGAUGGCCAGCUGUGUGAAAUAAAACGGGGGCUGGUCUUAUUGGCUGGGGUGGCCCAGAAGGGGGCACUGCCUCUCAGAGAGGAACCCUGGUCAAAGAGCACGAUUUUCAUCCGAAGGCAUCAAGGAGGACGCGGUACCCUCGCUAGGGAGUCCAGGAGCUUCGCCGACCGAGACCGGGGCUUCCGUGGGUGAAGGUGCCAUGUAAAAACCAGUGCUGUUGUGAGCGCCACCCACAGGCUGCGGGUGGGUGAGCAACAACUCUGUUAGUAGGUGCCGCUGCUGUUUGAAAGUGCCAUAAAACUUAAACUCAGCAUUUCUUCAGCUUUUCCCUGGGGCUGUAAUUGCGCCUUGGGGCAGCAGGUGGCGCAGUGGUUAAAGACGCCACCUUGCAUUCGAAAAACCCAAGUUUGAGCCCUGACCCUAUUAUAGUACCUUUGAUCAGGGUACCUAAAAAGUAAAAAUUACCCAGCUGUAUAAAUGAGUAA